GGUGAAUUUCUCCAAAGUGGGGUACACUGCACCUUGAAGCUCUGCUGACCAGGUGUGGCAGACAGCAAGACACGUCACCCUGUUAGACAAGGAGCCCACCCAGAUGUUCAGGGCCAUGGUGCUGGGGAAGGGCCCCUAUAAGCCCUCCAGCGCCCCCUUCCUAUUCAGGUGGAUGUGGGGGGUUCCCCCAGGUCCCGAAGUGGGGCCGGAGUGGCCUUGUCCCCAGCAGACCUGCAUGCAGAGCCGCAGGAGCAGCACUUGGCACCCCCGUUGGACAGGCCAGGUCUCCAUGCCUGGGGGUACCCGACAGUCUCCCAUCAACAUCCAGCCAAGGGACAGUGUCUACGACCCCGGGCUGCCACCACUCAUGGUCUCCUAUGAUGCAGCGUCAUGCCGACAUGUGCGGAACACUGGCUACCUCUGCCAGGUGGAGUUCGAUGAGGCCGCUGAGGGUUCGGGGAUCAGUGGAGGGCCCCUGGAGAACCACUACCGACUGAAGCAGUUCCACUUCCACUGGGGAGCUGUGGACAUGCGGGGCUCUGAGCACACAGUGGACGGCCACACCUUUGCUGCUGAGCUACACUUAGUUCACUGGAAUCCCAUGCGGUACCAGAGUUACCAGGAUGCAGUAGUGGGCGAGAAGGGCUUGGCUGUGAUUGCCGUCUUCCUGGAGCUGGGCACCACGCACCAGGCCCUGCAACCGCUGGUGGACAUCUUGCCGCAGAUAAAACACAAGAUGUCACUACAGCAAGGCCUCAGGACAUCCCUCACCCUACUGCCCCCUGCUCCCUGUGUUCUCCCAUCACCUUUGAUGUGCACCAUGCAAAUGGCUAGAGCUUUUCUGUGUUUACUCUUCAGGCUCUGCAGAUGGGCAGGUGGCUUUGUCCCUUUUGUCUCUCUCUGUCCCAAGUCUGGAACAGAAUUAUGCUCCUGGUGGGCUCAGCCCUGCUUGUGAACAAACUCAUGCACGCAUGCACGCAUGAGUGCAUGAAUGAAUGAGCACAGCUUAAGGGGCGAGUCUCUCCUGUCCCCAUCCCACACACAGUAAGGUUGAGCAUGCAGACCUGGACAGAGGCCCCAAGCAGCCAGGCCAGCAGGGGCCAUCUUGAAAAGAGCCCAGAAAGUAGUACAGUGCUGAGGGCAAGGGAUGUUGGUGAGGAGAAAGCCUGUGAAGAAGGCAGAGCUUGAUGUCCGUUCCCAUGUCUGGCCAGUGAGAGAGGAUCAACCUCAGAGUCGGAUGAUUCUGGCAGUGGGGUGGCUCUGAGGGUAUGUUCAGAAAAGAGUCACCAUGUGACCCAGCAGCCCUGCAACAGUAAGUCAUGAGAGCUGGACCUGAGUGGGGUUCAUGCCUUCCAUAGGCAGCUGCAGAAGAUGCCAUAACCAAGGCAGUUUGCAUGGGUGAAGACUGCUGAAAUGCAGCCAUUCCCACAGCAGAAAGUCUCAUCCAGAAGGCAGGAAGUCCUGACUCAUGUUCCAGUGUGAGGUUCUACAGACCUUAAGGACAUCAUGCUAAGAGGAAUAACCCAGACACAGAAAACUGUGCUCAGAGUUUCCCUGUGUGGGGGGUCAACGAUAUCCCAUCCACAGAGUCAGGACAGGGGUAGGGAGCCAGCAUUUAAUGGGGUGCAGUCACA